AUGAAGGAAUACCUGCUGUAUAUGGCCCAAGUGCAUCUCAAUUUCAGACGAGCAGAGUUGGAGUCUCUCGCUGACCUGGGCGGUAUUUCGCUGGAUUUUGCCAGUUAUGACCCGGAGUCGCCCUUUUGGGUGGUCCAAUUGGAGAGCGAUGACCAGGCGAGAGCGCUUGUGAAACGGUCUAUUUUGACUAAAGCUGUCUUCGAGUAUUGGGGUUCUGGCCCCGAUUAUGAAUCUCUACAUAGAGACGUUCAAUCGAGGCCCGGUUACGAUGAACGGAGGAUCCGCGUAGCGCAGGACUCCUUCAAGUUUGAAUUCGAGAACUACCACGGGAAGCACAAAAGGGACAUGUCCGAGAAGAUCCGCAUUAUAGAUGGGUUCCAGUACUUGGGUCUGGAGGGUACCAUUGACCUGAAAAAACCGAAGCAAAUGUACACCAUCAUUGAGGAGUACGGGAGGAUCAAUUCACAAGAGACCACCGAUGAACCGCUCCGCCUUCGGUUUGGGAGACACGUACAGACGAGCGACCGGAGCGCGAUGGAUUUACUCGAUUUGAAGAAGAGACCUUACUGCGGGACGACAAGUUUUGAGGCAGAGUUGUCCCUUGUGACGGCCAACAUAGCACAGGUGAAACCGGGGACACUCAUGUACGAUCCAUUUGCUGGGACUGGAUCCUUCCUUGUUGCUGGCGGUCACUACGGUGCGCUCGUCGUUGGAUCGGACAUAGAUGGCCGCAUGAUCAGGGGGAAGGGCGCGAACGCGAACAUAAGCGCUAACUUUAAGAAGUACGGCAUGGAGGGUCGGUUUCUUGACGUGUUGACGAUGGAUUUCACACAUAACUCGCUACGGACGGGACUUCCUAUCGACACGAUCGUGUGUGACCCACCGUACGGGAUUAGGGAAAGCAUCAAGAUCCUCGGUGCAAGGGACCCAGAGAAGUUUGAGGGGAAAGAGAAAGUGAUGAUUGACGGGAGACCCUCGUACUUGAACCGUGACUACAUCCCGACUAAGAAACCUUACUCGCUGGACGCGCUAUUGGACGAUCUACUACAGUUUGCAUGCGAGCGGUUGCCCCUCGGUGGACGGCUUGCCUUUUGGAUGCCUACUGCAAAUGGUGAGAAUUUGGAGACCGUGAUCCCGUUGCACGGCAACUUGGAGUUGAAGUACCAUUGCACGCAGGAGUUCAAUAAGUGGGCCAGGCGGUUACUUGUAUACAUCAACCGGGGCCCCAAUUACCACGGUCCCACGAACACGGGUGUGAAACGGUCCUCAAAGGCUUUCAGGGACCAUUACUUUUCAAAUGCGAACCGUUGA